AUGGGAAAUUUUGUGGUCUAUAGUGAUGCAUUAUUACAAGGCUUGGGAUGUGUAUUGAUGCAACAUGAUCUGGUGAUUGCUUAUGCCUCGAGGCAACCAAGAAGCACUAGCAGAAUUACCAUCUUCAAUGAUUACAAAAGCCUCAAGUACUUUUUCACCCAGAAGGAGUUGAACAUGACACAAAGGCAUUGGCUUGAGUUGAUUAAAGACUAUGAUUGCAUGAUUGAGUAUCAUCCUGGCCGAGCUAAUGUUGUGGCAGAUGCUUUGAAAAGAUUGAGUAGAACUGGGAAUGAGUCAACAGGGUGGAUUACUUGCCAGUUUGCAUGUGAGGCCUAUUUUGGUAGAGUGGGUGAUUGCAACCCAAUUGGAAGAUCCCACACCCUACAUGAUAAGAUUGGAAGUAGAGAAUGGUACACGGACAGAUUAUGCUGUGAGAGAAGACGAAGCCUUGACAUUACGGAGUACUAUUUGUGGUCGCAUAUGAAGGGUGACAUUGCUAGGCAUGUGAGCAGGUGUUUGAUUUGCCAACAGGUGAAGGCGGAGCGGCAGAGACUAUCUGAACUUAUGCAACCACUUCCGAUCCUUGAACGGAAGUGGGAGCAUAAGACAUUGGAUUUCAUUUUCAAACUUCCACGUACUUCAAGAUGGCAUAACGGAAUUUGGGUGAUAGUCGACCAACUCACCAAAUCCACCCACUUCCUACCUAUUACAGAAACUUACUCCUUGGUGAAGCUUGCUAAGCUCUUUCUUAAGGAUAGUUGGGAUACUCAUCUUGCCUUGGUGGAGUUUCUUACAACAACAAAUGAGGUGGGUGAGAGAAAAUUGGAGAAAGUAGAAAAGUUCAGUACUGCGCAAGAUCAAAGAAAGUUUAUGCAGACAAUAGGUCCAAAGAUCUUGAAGCUAUCUCCUUGGAAGGGUGUGAUGAGGUUCGGGAAACGUGGGAAGUUAAGCCCUCGUUAUAUCGGACCUUAUGAGAUCACGGAACACGUCGGACUUGUUGUCGACAGACUUGCCUUACCUCCAGAACUAGCUCAGAUUCAUGACGUAUUUCACGUAACUAUGCUACGGAAGUACGUACCUGAUCCUUCCCAUAUCCUGGAACAUCAACCCGUGGAGUUGAGAGAAGACUUGACAUAUGAGGAACUACGAAUGCAGAUUCUGGAUAGGAAGGAGCAAGUGUUGCGCUCUAGAACCAUUCUAGUAGUAAAAGUAUUAUGGAUGAGUCAAACUGUUGAGGAAGCGACUUGGGAACCCGAGGCCCAGAUGCGAACCAAAUACCCUUAUCUCUUUGAAUGA